GGGCAGAGGGUGCGCAGGCGGCCCCGGCCCGAACCCCGCGCGCCCCGGGCUGCCCCCCGCCCGGCCCCCGCCCCUCCCGCGCCUCCCGCACCUCCUCCUGGGGACCGUGUCGGCCUUUUGUUGCCGAGCCGUCUUUUCUUUCAGAGCUUCGCGUAGCAACGGAAAUUUCACCCGAUCCUGGGUGAAAAUUAAAGGCGCUCCCCUCCCCCCUCCCCGCCCCACCCCCACUUCCCUCGAAGCCCGAGUCUGCACCGCCAGGCGCGGGGAGCCCGCUCCGAGCGCCGCGCCCCUUCCAUGGGUGCCGCGCUCGCCUGCAGUCGCCGCCGCCACAGGGCGGGCGCGAUGCCACGAUGGGCCUGAUCUGGGUCCUGCUUCUCGGCCUGCUGGAGCCCGGCUGGCCCGCUGCGGGCACCGGGGCGCGGUCGCCCAGGGAUGCGGGCGGCCGCGGCGGCGUCUACGAGCACCUCGGAGGGGCGCCCCGGCGCCGCAAGCUCUACUGCGCCACCAAGUACCACCUCCAGCUGCACCCGAGCGGCCGCGUCAACGGCAGCCUGGGGAACAGCGCCUACAGUAUCCUGGAGAUAACAGCAGUGGAGGUGGGCAUCGUGGCCAUCAGGGGGCUCUUUUCUGGGCGGUACCUGGCCAUGAACCAGAGGGGACGGCUCUACGCCUCGGAGACCUACACGGCCGAGUGCGAGUUCGUGGAGCGCAUCCACGAGCUGGGCUACAACACGUACGCGUCCCGGCUGUACCGCACGGUGCCCGGCGGCCCCGGGGCCCCGCGCCAGCCCGGCGCCGAGAGACUGUGGUACGUGUCCGUGAACGGCAAGGGCCGGCCCCGCAGGGGCUUCAAGACGCGCCGCACGCAGAAGUCCUCCCUGUUCCUGCCCCGCGUGCUGGACCCCAAGGACCACGAGAUGGUGCGGCUGCUCCAGGGCGGCGCUGGGCUCCGCGGCCGCCUGCCCAGGCCACCGGGCAGGGGCCCGCGGCAGCGGCUGAGGCAGGGGCAGAGAAAGCGGGGCCGCGGAGGCCGCGCUUAGCCGCGCAGGCCGGCGGGGUGGCUGGGCCUCAGGCUUACAGGGGCCCAGCGGCAGGCGCGGACCAGCCAGUGCCCGAGUGUCCCGGCCGAGCGGAGCGCCCGCGCUCGGCAGGUUCCUGUGACUGACUGCGCCUCGCCCCUGCCCCCUUUCCUGCCCCUGGGCUGCUGCAGUUGGAGGACCAGCGGAGGACGUUUCCAGCCCUUUCUGAUUCUCUGAGACAAGGCUCGCCUCGGACCUAGGGGCCCAGAGGCAGGGCUCGGAGGGGGGCUGCUGUAAGGCAAGGCACUGGUAGGUUUCUGUUGGCAGAUUGCCCCCCUCGCCCACGGGGAGAACCCACUGAAGUGCCGGGUUUCCAGCCCACCGAGGAGUCUCCCGGCCGGGGAUCGCCGUGCUGGGGGAGGGCGGCCCCGGAACUUUAAAGUACCUUGUUAUUUAAUAGAUGAUGAUGCCGCUGAGGAGACACUUGGCAGUUUUCACUCCAACAGGUUCGCUUGUGGUGACAGCAGCGUCCCCGCCAGAUUGCUACUUGAAGAUGCAGGAUUGCAUUCUGAGAAACUGGGCUCAAGAUGCAUUUUAAAACCCUGACUUUGAAAAUUACUGUCUUUUGAAACCAGUAGAUGAUUUGUGUGGAUGUCAAAAAAGGCACGUCACGCGUAUGGGCCA